GGAGAAGUGGGUAUACUCGCGCAAAGGAGAGUUGUUGACGGGGCACCAGCGGUGAUUGAGAAGAGGUGGAGGAGGACAGGAAGGAGCUGAGGGAUCAACAGAGAUAUAAAUACUGGGACAAGCUGACUCUCAUCACACUGGACCAAGUGACCAACGCCGACACACACACACACACACACACACAGAGACACACAGAGACACACACACAGAGACACACACACAGAGACACACACACACACAGAGACACACACACAGAGACACAGAGACAGAGACACACACACAGAGACACACACACACACAGACACACACAGAGACACAUACACACACACAGAGACAGAGACACACACACAGAGAUACACACACACAGACACACACACGCAACCAACACCGACGCAGCACGAUGUGCAGAGCGCUGGGGGCCUGCUUGGCCGUGGCGUGCACGCUGCUGCUGCUGGCCGAGCUCUCCGAGGGCCACAUCACCUUCUUCAGCCCGAAGGAGAUGAUGCUGAUGAAGGAGAGAAAAGACAUGGAGCCUCGAUCGGAGGACGGACAGUUUGAAGAGGUCACAGGUCAACAGCUUCCUCGACUGGAGAGGGGAGGAAACCCUGAUCAAACCGUGGAGAUCGCUGUGCGUCUUUCCCCCAAGCAGCUGGACCACGUGACUCCGGUGCUUGAAGAGAUUCUCCAUGAGAUCGAGCAGGAACUUGAGAAAGCCAAAUAG